GAAAGGACAAGCCGGUGGUUGUGACGAUGCGAUUCUUUAUUUCAGUGACACUUUGUAUCGCGUAUGAAAUUUUCGCUCAAGAAUGCAAAAAGGAUGAGCAUGCAAUUUUUGGUAUGAUGCUUCGAAGACACACCUUCAAAAAGUUGAAAUCGUCGAUUGCAGUCGAAUGUAAUCGAGCGUGUAACGAUGAUUUUCGAUGUCACAGCUUCAAUUACUUAAUUACGGAGAAAUUAUGUGAACUAAACAACCGGACUAAGGAGGCCAGACCAGAGAACUUUGUACCAAAUUCGGAGAGAUAUUAUGUCAGGAGUAAUAAGAAAAGAGUUCCUCUUGGUUCCAUUCCUGAAUUUCCAGCGGAAACAUGUGAAGAGAUAAACGCCAGCGAAGAUGGAAAAGCGAAAAGUGGCGAGUACUGGAUUUAUUCCGUUAUAACGGGAAAAACUGCUCUGGUUUCUUGCGAUAUGGAACCAGAAG